GCAGCUGAGUGCUGACUUCGUCCAAAGAACAUCUGAUCGACCAAUAGCACCAUUGUCCCCGAGGGCAGCUGUCACCAUUACUUCAUCCGCAUUGGUUAACAGUAAAAAGCGAAUUUAACAAGGUAAACAACCAAAGUGAGCGGGCUAUAACCAUCGGUUUAGGAAGUCUUUUGGAUUGGGAACAAGUGAAAAAAAACAACCUCUGCGUGAGUGAAAGGAAGAAACCAGUGCUGGACAAUGAUACUACGGAAAUUGGUGUUCCAUACCUUUUCGUACCUUGCCGGUUGCAGUCUUUGUUUGGGAUAUGUUUUUCAAGCAAGACGGCCAGGAGAGUGGGAUGAAAAUCCACAUGCUAAAGUUCCUUCAGACUCCCCAUGGAUAAAAUCAUCUGGAUCAUGCAGGGGAAGAUGCUUUGAGCUGCGUGAAGCUGAACCUCCAAACUGUCGCUGUGACAAUUUAUGCAAAACCUACAUCAGCUGUUGCCAAGAUUUUGAUGAGUACUGCUUGAAAACAGCGGGAGGGUUCGAGUGCACGACGGAGAGGUGUGGGGAAACUCGCAAUGCUGACCAUGCCUGCCACUGCUCAGAGGACUGCCUCCUUAAAGGAGACUGCUGCACCAAUUACAAGGCCGUGUGCACCGAGGGGGAGACUUCGUGGUUGGAGGAUGAGUGUGAAGAGAUUGAGAGCCCGGAUUGUCCUGCUGGUUUCAUACGUCCACCUUUGAUAAUGCUGUCUGUUGAUGGAUUCCGGGCCUCCUACCUGAAAAAGGGCAGCGCAGUGAUCCCCAACAUUGAGAAACUGAGAACCUGUGGCACUCAUGCACCUUAUAUGAGACCUGUUUACCCCAGCAAAACCUUCCCAAAUUUGUAUACACUUGCAACGGGCCUUUAUCCUGAAUCCCAUGGGAUUGUUGGCAAUUCCAUGUACGACUCUGUUUUCGAUGCCAACUUUAAUCUGAGGGGUAGAGAGAAACUGAACCAUCGUUGGUGGGGAGGUCAGCCGAUCUGGAUUACGUCAGUGAAGCAAGGCGUGAAGGCUGGAACCUUUUUCUGGCCCAUGGUGAUUCGCAUGGAGAGGCGAAUCCUUACCAUACUGCAGUGGCUACACCUGCCGGAUGAUGAGAGGCCCUAUGUGUAUGCUGUCCACUCAGAGCAACCAGACACCUUCGGCCACAGGCUGGGGCCCAUGAGUAAAGAGCUGAACAAUCCACUGAAAGAAAUUGAUAAGAUCAUUGGCCAGCUGAUGGACGGUCUUAAACAGAUGAAUCUGCAUCGCUGUGUGAACAUCAUUCUGGUGGGAGACCAUGGAAUGGAAGAGGCCCACUGUGACAGAACUGAGUUCUUGAGUUCAUAUCCAUUGAAUGUGGAUGACAUCAUUUUAGUACCUGGAUCUCUAGGAAGAAUCCGUCCCCGAAAUCCCAACACCUCCAAAUAUGACCCAAAAGCCAUUGUUGCAAACCUUACAUGUAAAAUGCCAAACCAGCACUUUAAGCCAUACCUGAAAAAACACCUUCCCAAGCGUUUGCACUAUGCCAACAACCGAAGAAUUGAGGAUGUCCAUUUGCUUUUGGAGAGAAGGUGGCAUGUUGCAAGGAAAACUCCUGAAGGCAAGAAGCAUCCUGGGAAAUGUGGUUUUUCUGGUGACCAUGGCUAUGACAACAAGAUCACCAGCAUGCGGACAAUUUUUCUGGGACAUGGACCAAGCUUCAAAUUCAAGACACAAGUGCCAGCUUUUGAGAACAUUGAACUGUACAAUGUAAUGUGUGAUCUCCUGGGCUUAACGCCUGCUCCAAACAAUGGGACUCAUGGCAGCCUUAACAACAUCCUGAAAAGCCCCUCCCACAUCCCCGCCCAGCCUGUGGAGGUGGCCGAGCCCUCCCCAUUGGACCCUGCCUCCACUGUCACCGAUGACCUCGGGUGUAGCUGUGACGACCAGAAUGAAGUGGAAGGACUCAGUCAGAGCCUCAUGGAAGCAACAAAUGAUACCAGACAUCUCCCAUACGGCCGGCCAGCAGUUCUUUUCCAAACAAACUACAGCCUCCUGCACCACCUAGACUUCAUCAGCGGUUACAGCGAGUCACUGGCCAUGCCCCUCUGGACCUCAUACACCGUGCCUAACCAGGUUAACAUUACACCCCUCCCUGAGCCUUUCAGCCACUGCAGGAGGCCUGACAUGCGCCUUUCCCCCGCCUACAGUCAGUCCUGCACUGGCUACGACUCCGACCAAACCAUCUCCUUCGCCUUCCUGUUCCCCCCCGAGCUGGCCUCUUCCCCUGAUACGAAAUAUGAUGCCGAGCUGAUCACUAACACUGUCCCAAUGUACCCCGCAUUUAAGAAGGUCUGGAGCUACUUCCAGAGGACACUGGUGAGGCGGUACGCUAGUGAGAGAAAUGGGGUCAAUAUUGUCAGCGGCCCCAUAUUCGACUACGACUACGAUGGACUCAGUGACUCAGCUGAGAAAAUGGAACUACUCGCGAGUGGGCCUAUGCCCAUCCCCACGCACUACUACAGCGUGGUGACCAGCUGCCUAGACUACACGCAGGACGUGGAAGCCUGUGAGGGGCCGCUCAGCGUCCUCUCCUUCAUCCUCCCGCAUCGACCGGACAACGCGGAGAGCUGCAACAGCUCGGAUGAAGAGUUUGCGUGGGUGGAGGAGCUGAUAAAGAUGCACACUGCACGCGUGCGGGAUGUGGAGAUACUCACAGGCCUGGACUUCUACCGGCACACCAGCCAGAGCUACACAGAGAUCCUAUCCUUAAAGACUUAUUUGCACACGUAUGAAGACGAGGACUAAAACAGCUCUCUCCCUUUCUCUCUCUCUCUUGUCUCUCUCCCUGGUACAUCUUUGAUGACUAGCUGUAUAUUUGUUUUUCGUUUUUCAAUAGAAUUUUAAGUAUUUGUAUUCCUUAAACGUGCCAGUAAGUAUUGUAAUCCCAUGUAAUCCCCCCCCCCCACCUUUGUUUUUUAACAAAUAACAAGAUUAAUUUUUAUUAUUUUUAAAUUGCGGUCUGAUGUUUGUGACAGGUUUCUGAAGCUUCAAUAGGUCUCAGUGGGAUGAGAGUACACUCCCAUCACACUGAAUGCUGUACUGUAAACCACAACGGAACUGUAUCUUACCACGUACUGCCAACUGUGUGACUUCCUACUGUACGUCCACAAAGUCGCAUCACAACGCACAGACAGUUUUACUGUUACGAGUAGCAAUAUUUGCUUAUCAGACAAGCUUUUCAUGCGCAGACGGUGGAUUUUCUCUUGAUGGUGCUGGCUUCUACUGAAGACUAAAUGCUCAUUUCUUUUGUAUCUGUAGCCCAUUGCAGUGCAGACCGUUAAACUUGACUCUCCCUGUUUUCUUCAUUUUGACAUAAAGCUGCCCGGUUUAUUAUACCCCUAUAGUAGUAUUAUUUAGCAGCCCAAAGGCCACCUGGGAGUCUUCACUCAGAUAUGUUAUAUUUUUAUUACCAUUUUCUGAUCUUGUUAUUAACACUUUUUGUAUUAUAGUAGCUUUUACGUACCUGGUAAUAACUUAGUAGGUACUUUUAAAUCCCUUUUAGUGUUUUUUAGUUGGAGGCACCAAGCCGAGACCUCCAUCUCAAUGGCUCUAACAAAGCUCAUGUUGAGAGGCUUUGCAUAACCAGACACUCUGGUGUUUUAUCAAAAGUGCAUGUUAGGUGCGUUUUUAGAGCUGCUCGUUUAUUUAUUUUCACUCUGUUUUCACAGUACUUAAUAAUAUUGCUGAAUUAAAUUGACUGCUAAUAUGCUUUUAGGCACGUGGUACAAUGGUGUCUGUGUCUGCAUUACUGCAUGGCAUAGCUGCCUGUAAAUAUUUGCAUAGGUACGAGUGUGGCAAUCUGUCUUUGCUUCUUUAAUAUAUGCUCAGUGAUCGCUUUAUCAGGUAAACCUGGACACCAGCUUGUUAAUGCAAAUAUGUAAUCAGCCAAGCAUGUGGCAGCAACUAAAUGCAUAAAAGCAUGCAGAUGAGGUCAAGAGGUUCAGCUGUAUUUCUAAUCAAAUGUCAGAAUGAGGAAUAAAUGUGAUUUACUGUAAGUGCCUUUGACCAUGGAAUGAUUGUUGGUGCCAGACAGGGUGAAUUGAAUAUCUCAGAAACUGCUGAUCUCCUGGGAUUUUGGGGCACAACAGUCUCUAGAGAAUGGUGUGAAAAACGAAAAACAUCCAGUGAGCAGCUGUUCCGCGGUUGUUACCCAUUGUUAAUGAGAGGUCAGAGGAGAGGGGCCAGACUGGUUGAAGCUGACAGGAAGGUGACAGUAAUGCAAAUAACCCCACAUUACAACAGUGGUAUGCAGAAGAGCAUCUCUGAACACACAACGUGUCAAACCUAUAAGUGGAUAGGCUACAGCAGCGGAAGACAAAAUAAGUCUAAUAAAUACCUAAUAAAUUGAGUGUAGGUUCCUCAUACUGGAUUUUUCUACAUCUGGUAUUAGCAGUCCCCCUAGAUUCAAGAUUUAAGAAGAUUUAUGAUUGGAUUAGGGUUAGGGUAAAUCACUAUCUCCAACCAAUCAAAAGAUGGUGGUCACCACAGAGAAACACUCUUUAAUUGGUUUGGAAAGGACAUUAACGGUUCCAGCCAUCUGUCUGACAAAUUAUUUUACACUCACAUUACUCAUAAUGGUUGCUCGCUCAACAUUUUAAUGGUUAUUCAAAAACAAUUGGUGGUAAAAUGUAUUACUAGCUCCUGGUAAGAGUGUUCAACAAUACUUCAGUCUAAUUGUUUAAUUCAAUGUAUAUUUAAGGAUGUUUCCCAUCACAGACCAGUAAUACUGACAUUCUGCUUUGUACUACCAGCUGUGUGAUCAACACAUUUAUGCCUUAUGUAGAACCAUGAAAUUGUAUCACAAUAAAUCAGAUUUGUAUUCAGUAA